CGAGAAGCUGCCAGCGACUGUUAGCGUAAGCGACAACACACGCGUACGCACACACAAAGUAAGAGCCAUAGAUUUGCAUAGGCUACCCUUCAUACAAACACAGGCUCACUUACCAAUGUUACUGUGCGACACAUGAAUGAACAAUGAAUUUUUAAAGGAUUCUGUACCUCACCAUUCUUGGAUACAUAACAGUCUCGGAUGGCACAUUAUCGACAUUUUAUAUCCAUUUGGGAUAGAGCUUUGUGAUUUCUGGUUGACUGAGAGGAGAUAACGAUACUCGUCAGAUGGCUGUAUUUAUUUGAUAAUCAUAUCGGCAUUGGAUAUCUUUCAUAUCUGGGCUGUCAUCGACUAACGCUUUGCUUUUGUUAGCUACCCUGUCGUUACUUGAAACAAGCUAAAGAAAUCUGUCGGCGAUAUCUAGGAGAGGACGUUUCGUAAUGAUCUAAUACAGAAAGAAAGGAAGGAAGAUUUUUUUAAGCCUUGCUGUGUUUUCCUGGUGGUGGCUGACAAUACUUUUUUUUGUUUGAGGAAGAAAUUACAUUUUUAGAUAUGUGUUUAACGCGUUUGUUAUCGGCGUUAACGUUUACAUCUACACCAGGUGACUGAACAGAGGCUUAGUCUUUAUUUUUAGCGCUGCAGUCUGUUACUUACAAAGUGAAACAAGGAUUUUAACAUUCCUCCUCUCGGUUGCCUGUUGUGUAUGUAGAGGGGACCAGAACGGCGGUGGUAAGAAAUAAAUUCUAUAAAUAGCUCCUGCAAUUCUCGAAAACUAUCACAACUGCUACAAGCUUGUUGGUCUGGCGGAAUCGAAUUUUUCCUAUCACAUGGAAUGCUGUGGCGAUUCGUCGCAGACACCCGCUCGCUCUGUUUAUUGUUCCUAACAGAGACAGCUUAAUAACGUGUCACUGGAUUAUUUGAAACUUCUGGGACUCCACGAUAAUCAAUAUUUAGACAAUUCUAGAUUUUGUGUUUGGGGGAAAACACAAUUGUCCUGUCCUUUCCUGUGGAUUAUAUGCUUAUUUGAUUAUUAAACAAUCAGCGGAAAAACUGGCAUGGACAAGGAUUGUCAUAUCUCGCGGCUAGGAUUAAAAAAACGGAUACACACCACAUUGCGACUGACAAUGAUUCGGUUUCAACCGCCUGACCUGGAUAGUAUGAAUUAUCCAAUCUACAAACAUAUCUGGAUCUGCAAAACAAAGUACUAGUUUGCCUGAAAAUCAAUAGAAGGAAUUCCAGUUACAUAUUUGUUACGUUUGAAAAUCACGCCUUCGUUUGUUACAUUAUUCGCGGCUACAGUGGUAGCAUUGUUACUUCCAAACAAGAUCCAUCGUUGAUCUGGUGGUCACUUUUACUUGAUUUAGCGGUGGCGUGGUUUAAUACUGAGGGAACCGAUUUGCCACCCCCUGCUCGGUUCUGAUACCGAUCAAGGAUUUCGACAUGCCCUACACUGACGACCCCAUUGGCGGACGAUUAUGACUACAGCAGCGAACUGGGUGGCUAACGGGGCAAGCCUUGAAGACUGCCAUUCCAACCUUUUCUCUCUGGCGGAGUUAACCGGCAUCAAAUGGAGAUGCUACAACUUUCGAGGCGGGGCCGAGUACGGGCCAGUGAUCUCGGCGCCAGCGCCGGACGACCCGGUGCUGUGCAGUUUCACGCGCUGCGUGCAAGCCAACCUGCUGUGUGUCUGGCGCCGACGUGUUACACCCGACGCCAAGGAGCUCUGGAUCUUCUGGUGGGGGGACGAACCCAACCUGAGUGACAUCAUACAUCACGAGCUGGAAGUGGUGGAGGAGGGACUAUGGGAAUGCGGACUCUCCUAUGAGUGCAGGACACUCCUCUUCAAGGCCAUUCACAACUUACUGGAAAGAUGCCUAAUGGACAAGGACUUUGUGCGUAUCGGAAAGUGGUUUGUCAAGCCAUACGAGCUCGAGGAGAAGCACCACGGCACCAGCAGCAGCGAGCACCUCUCCUGCUCUUUCUCCUUCUUCCUCCAUGGCGAGAGUAAUGUGUGCACCAGCGUGGAGAUCAGCCAGCACCAGCCCGCCUACCACAUCACUGAGGAGCACGUGCGCCUGGCUCAGAGCUCCAGCAGCCCCAUACAGGUGAUCCUGAGCCCGUACGGACUGGGCGGCACCCUCACGGGCCAGGCCUUCAAGAUGAGCGACCCGGCUGUGCGGAAGCUGAUGGAGGAGUGGAGCAGCUUCUACCCCGUGGUGCUGAAGCGGCAGGAGGGCGAGCGCGGUGAAGCCGAGCCCACCCGCGACCCACACCGCCACGUUGCCCUGGAGGUCAUCGUGGGUGGAGUGCGGAUGAUCUACCCAGCAGCCUUUGUGCUCAUUGCCCAGGCUGAUGUACCUGUGGAGCAGCCUUCACCCGCCCAGGGAGCUCAGGGGACCACGAGAGACUCCACCAACUGUGGCAUCCCCCUCACUCCACCCACCUCCCCAGAGCAGCCCUGCUCAGGUGACAGUGGCUUCCAGACCGCCGUUUCCAGCGUAACUAGCCAAGAGAGUGGCCCUGCCCACAGCCCAAAGCAUUCGGAGAAGAAGCUGACCAAUCAGAUGGUCCAUCAGGCAUGGAAGGAAUGCUAUGUGAACCAAUUACAGCGCAAAUGCAAUCUGUCCAACAGCAUGACGGCGAAGAAGGAAGCGUCAAGCGAGCUGGCCGUGUGGGACUUCACGGCCCCCGGCGAGAGGGCCCCCUGCAGCUGCUCCAGGUUGAGGCAGCAGCCCAAGCAGCAGCAGGCGAGCGGGUGCUCUGCCAACCCCCAGCCUGGCACCAACCCCUCCUCCACCUCCGCCCCCUCAUUGCCCCCGCCCUCUGCGCCCAAACACAAGACGACUGAUAAGCCUGACAAGUCCGACAAGGGGCCCAAACGGGCUGCCAUAACCCCCUUCCACCACCGUCUCUCCAUGGACCAGCAGCCGUGCCCGGAGCAGGACGCGCCGGCCGGGCCGCAGCUGGCUCUCGUGCCCCUGGAACCUCCCCUGGAUUCCCUGCCCAGCUGCAAGUACCCCAAGCCCCUGUCGGCCAUCAGGAAAGUCCCAGAAUCUCUCCUCCAUUCCCCAGUGUCGCCGUUGCCACCUACGCUCAGCCCACACCCCAGAGUGCAGGACCCCGAGGCCGUAGAGGCCCCCGUCAGUUUGCCCCACUGUCUGGAGGGCCCUCCAGUGGCCCCGCCUACCGAGAUGAGCGAGACGGCGUUGUAUGCGGCCUCGCUGGGGCCCAGAGACGCCGGUGGGAGCUGGUGGAAAAGCUUCCGGACCCCCAGGGUGGAAAAGCCGGACUUCAAGCCUCCGGAGCUACCCGGCGAUACAGUGGAGAGUCCAGCAGAGGGCGCCGGCGAAGGAGCUGCACUGAAGAGGCUUUUUGCCGAGACGCACAAGCGGUUUAAGGUUUCGGAGGAGCGGGUCCGCGAGCACGUCAGCACCCUGCACUUCCUGCAGCAGCCUGGCGUCGAGGGGCUAGGGGAGCCCGGUGAUGACCCUUAUGACUUCAAGGAGGGUGACAUUGAGUACAGUUUCCCCACUUCCAAAAGGCUGAAAGGCCAGGGCCGGGAUCCCAGCCGGAAAGCAAAGGGAGAGGAGAUAAACGGAAAUGGGGCGAUGCCCGAAGGGAAAGAUGCCAUGUCCAUUUUUAGCUCCGCCCCUAAAUCCGAGGAGCUGGCUCAAGACGAGUCAGGAGCCAAGGCCAACCCCCCUCUGACCAGGGAGAAAGACCUGAUAGUGCUCAUCUCGGACCUAGAAAAUAUCUUCGGGGAGGAGGAAGAUGAACUUGGGACCACGUUUCCUAAUCAUCAGCAGUCAGCCAAGACUGUGGUCCCGGGAGCAGACGAGCGCCCCCCGGGGAUAGACGGGAGAGUAGCAGUGCCAUAUCCCUCAACAGUAGCAGAGCUCCAGCGAAUGUUCCCCACACCCCCCUCUCUGGAGCAGCACCCGGCGUUCUCCCCCAUCAUGUACCGCGACACCCCCAGCCAGGAGCCCCCGGCCCCUUCAGCGGGGCCCGAGCACAUCCUCAGCGCCCACACCAACAGCCAUCUCUCCGAUUUCAAGAUGGAAGUGGAGGACAGCAUGGCCAGCCCCAAAGCAGAAGACAUACGGCCACAGUUAGGCUGUUCCAUGUUCGCCCCCCUGCGGACCCUUCCAAGCCAGUGCCUCCUCCCUCUGAAGAUCCCAGAACAGUGCUACUACAGACCCUCCUGGGUCCUGCUGCCCAAGACGGAGCACUACUGCCUCCCGGCCCACACGCCGUUCCUGCGGGAUGGUUACGUUAACGUUCCCAGCAUCUGCACCCUGCAGGACCAGGACUACAGCCAAAUGAGUGCCAGUGCUGCCUCCACUGGCACAGUGGGCGGAGUCCUCCCAUCCCCUGCCACGCCCCGCUUCUCUGUCCCCACCCCCCGCACUCCACGCACCCCCCGUGGGAUGGGCACAGCCAGCGGGCAGGGCUCGGUCAAGCAGGAUGGCACCGAGCUGAGUUCGCCCGCCUCCACGCCCUCGGCCAGCCUGCCCCUCAGCUCCGUGGAGCCGGCGCCCUCUGGGCCGGCCCUGCCCGAGGCGCACAGCCUCUACGCCAUCCUGCUCCUCUCUGACUCCGUCCUGGACGUGUUCAAGGACCGCAACUUCGACAGCUGCUGCAUCUGCGCGUGCAACAUGAACGUGAAGGGGGCCGACGUGGGCGUCUACAUCCCGGACUCCACGUGCGAGGACCAGUAUCGCUGCAUGUGCGGCUUCAGCGCCAUCACGAACCGCCGCAUGGCACACGGAGCCGGCCUCUUCCUGGAGGACGAGCUGGAUAUUUUCGGGCGGGGCUCGGAGGCGGGCCAAGCGGCCGAGAGGAGGCUGGCUCUGUGCAGGAGGGACCCGCCCACCAGCGGGAGGCGGGCUCUGGAGCAGCAGCAGCCCGUGUCUGUUUUAGGGCUGAUUCAGGAACAGUGCUCCCAGCCCAUCUCCUCGCUGGCCUCGCUGCACAGGCCUGCCGCCUGUUCUUGCCGUAGCAGGCAGGGGGCGCUGCUGCAGAGCUGGGUAGCGGACCGGCUGUGGGCAGACAGCAGUGACGCAUGUGUGGAGUGCUACAAGGCGCUGGUGCAAGGACUGCAGUAUGUGGACAACGCGGCUGGGGGCAAGGUGGAGCAGGCUUUGGUGAGGAGCAGUGCUCUGCACUCCUGGCCCCAUACCAGUGUGUUGGACAUCAGCAUGCUCUCCUCUCAGGAUGUGGUGCGCAUGCUAUUGUCCCUGCAGCCCUUCCUGCAGGACGCCAUCCAGAAGAAGCGCACGGGCCGGACCUGGGAGAACAUCCAGCACGUCCAGGGGCCGCUCACGUGGCAGCAGUUCCACAAGAUGGCCGGACGCGGUUCCUACGGGUCGGAGGAGUCUCCCGAACCUCUUCCCAUCCCCACACUGCUGGUGGGGUAUGACCGCGACUUCUUGGCCUUGUCCCCGCUGGUGCUGCCCUUCUGGGAGAAGCUGCUCCUGGAGCCCUACGGGGGCCAGCGUGACGUGGCCUUCCUGGUCCUCUGCCCCAACAAUGACACCUUGCUUGCCGGGGCCAGGGCCUUCUUUCAGGAACUCAGCGCUGUCUAUGAGUCCUGUCGGCUGGGGAAGCACCGUCCGCUCGCCCGGGUGUCCCGGGAAGGCAUAGUGCGUGUGGGCUCCAAGGAACCCGAGAAGCUGGAGGAUGAGGUGGUGGAUGAGUGGCUUACAGGGCCAUGGGCUGGACAGUAUCAUGAGGACCACCUCAACAAACUCAAACUCUACGCCCAAACCUGCAGACGGACACUAGCUCCACAACUCUCGGCUCUGUCACUAGACAGCAGUCUCCUCCUGCCCCCAAAGCCUCAGGCCACUCCAGCUUCUGCCCCAACAGCCCAGCCUGCCCCGUCCAGCCAGCCGACACCGGGCCCUGGUGCCCCUGAGGGAGAUGCAGCAGCGGGGGCCCCCGGGUCAGGCAGCACGCCCACCAGCACCAGCACCAGCCAGACCAGCUCGGCCGAGCAGUGUCAGAGCGGGGCCGACAGCAAAGGUGUCCCCAACGCCUUGGUGAACCCAAGCCAGGCAGCCGAGAGCUCUGAGAUCAGUUUGGCAGAGCGGGAGAGAAUCGGCAUUCCGACCGUGGCGGAGUCAGCAGAUAGCCACGUCCACCCGCCGGCCAUCGUCCUGUACCUGGUGGACCCCUUCCUGUGCUCGGGUUCGGGGGCAGGGCCAGGGGAGGAAGAAGACGCAGAGGAGGUGGAGUCCGGCAGCGUGUGCCUGCUGGCGCUCCUGCGCUGCUACACGGACAUGCUCAGCGUGCUGCCCGAGAACGUGCAGCAGGUUCUGGUGCUGCAGGUGGUGCCGUGUCAGUACCUGCUGCAGCUGGCCAGUGGCGAGAGCCCUCUGUACCUGCAGCACCUGCGCUCGCUGGCCUUCUCCGCCCACUCGCAGUGCAGGCGCCGUCUGCCCACCCAGACGCACAUCAGAUCGCUCACGGGCUUCGGACCAGCCGCCACCAUUCACUCCUUGCUCAAUAGCCCCGAGAAUCCCAGCUCUAUGCAGGUGUACUCUCCUCCCUUCAUCCUGGGACCUACUCGCAGCAAGCAGCCAGAGGCAGGCGAGGUCUGUUCAGAGGCUCCUGCCCGCUACAACGUCCUCUUCGUGGGCUACUGCCUGUCCCACGACCAGCGCUGGAUCUUGGUGUCCUGCACCGACCAGCAGGGGGAGCUCUUGGAGACCUGCACUAUCAACAUAGAUGUCCCCAACAGGUCUCGGCGUCCCAAGUUUUCCCCACGCAAAAUCGGCAUGCAGAAGCUGUGGGAGUGGUGCAUUGGGGUCAUCCAAACGACAGCGGUGCCCUGGAGGAUCGUGAUUGGACGCCUUGGUCGGUUGGGUCACGGCGAGCUGAAAGACUGGAGUCUCCUGCUGGGCGAGCACUCGCUGCACUCCAUCAGCAGGCAGCUGCGCGAGGCAUGUCGCAUGUGCGGCACCUCCGCUGCAGACUCCCCGUCCAUCCUCAGUGCCUGCCUGGUCUCCAUGGAGCCCCAGGGGUCCUUUGUGGUCAUGCCAGAUGCUGUGACUAUGGGCUCGGUGUUUGGCCGUAGUACUGCAUUGAACCUGCAAACAUCUCAGCUGAACACUCCCCAAGACGCCUCCUGCACCCACAUCCUGGUGUUCCCUACGUCCUCCACCACACAGGUGGCUUCCAGUGCCUAUCCCACAGAGGACAAUACUGAUGACAUGUUUGACCUGCCAUUCCCGGACGAGCUGGAGAAUGACAUUGGGCAUGAUAUGAUGCUGAUCACUGGGAAUCUGCACCCUUCCCCCAACACCUCGCCCGUGCCCUCUCCUGGGUCUCCCUUGGGGAUGGGCGUGGGCUCCCACUUCCAGCACACACGGAGCCAGGGUGAGCGCUUGCUGUCUCGCGAGGCUCCCGAGGAGCUAAAACAGCAGCCUCUAGCCCUGGGCUACUACGUCUCCACGGCGCAAGCCGACGGGCUCCCUCACUGGUUCUGGGCGUCCUGUCCUCAGGCACAGAGCCAAUGUCCACUCUUCCUCAAGGCCUCUCUGCACCACCAUAUCUCCAUAGCCCAGAAUGAUGAACUCGUUUCCUGCAAGACGUCCCAGAGGAGCCCUCAUCCACUGGACUCCAAAACUACUUCAGAUGUGCUCAGGUUUGUGCUGGAGCAGUACAAUGCCCUCUCCUGGCUAACGUGUAAUCCCGCCACUCAAGACCGUCGCUCCUGCCUUCCUGUGCACUUUGUCAUCCUCACCCAGAUGUACAAUGCCCUCCUGAAGAUCUUAUAGGAGCUGUGCAGAGAGGCCAGCCGCCCGGGAGGGAUCUGACGUCUCUCUAACAAGUGCCAGGGACGGUCUCGCGCUGAAAUGCAGCCACUGGGUCCGUUGCGGCCAGUUCAGGUCAAAGGAGAAACUGUUCAGUGGGCCAAGCCACGGGUUCCCCCCAGCAGAACGUUCACUGGGGUCGGAGGGCAGCCCGUACUAUCCACAGAGGGCAGUGGCCAGCCAGGUGGAAAGCUCUUGCUUGGAUUUGACCAUCUCUGAAAUAAGCCUAGUACAAUCACUACCCUUUAACACUCAGCCACAGGUGGGUUUUUGUGCCAGUUGUGUGGUCUAGCCUGGAAAAAAAAAAAGGAUGGAAAUGUCAAAUCCUGCACUUUUGGAUCAGCGUUGGAGCUGGAGUUGAAAUGGCAGCCAUGAUUCUGAAAUGGGUUGGUGGUGUUUUGUUUUUUUCUGUUGUUGUGUUUUGCGUUCUCCCUGACCUUUUCCACCAUGUGAGAUCCAAUGGGAAUCCCACAUGGGGAGACAGCUGGCCUCGUGUAACAUCUAAUAACACUAUGAUGAAAGCUGAGAACGUUAACCAAACUUCAGAAUGCCGUCAGCUGUCUUAUCAUUUGUCCAUGUCCUCGCACAAGCGCUGCGUCCUGUCAUUCGCCAUGGCAGGCCCGAGUCGGUAGAGGUGGUCCACAGCGGUUUUGUCUGCAUACCCCUGAAGACUCACAGAACGAUGCACAGUCACUCUGUGGCCUAAUUUGAUAUGCAAAGGCUGAAGCUGAGCUAUAAAGUGACUCUCAGUCCAACUCCGAACUGCCUCCAGCGCGUUCACUCCCCGAGGCUAAAUGAGCCGUCAGACACCAUCUCCUUUUGCUCCAUGACCUUUUUUACAUCUUUGUAACUAUUGUAUAUAGUUCCUCCCGAGUGUCUCGUUUAAUCUGCAUUCAACGCUGAACACUUGAGAGAAGGCAAAGAACUUCCACUAAAGGUGACUCGUUCAGUAAUGGCACUUUCAGCUCUUUUGAGGAGUCAAUUUUAUUGUUGUAGAUAAACUUGCCAACUAAUAUUUGACAAUGAAAUCAAACUCAAAUGUAUUUGUUCAUAGUGUAAAGCUGACUUUGCAGAGAAUUAUUUUUAUUAAUGAAAGCAAAAGUUUGAAUAAAAAUAGACCAAGGCCUUUUUUCCAAAUUCAAAUUGAGAGCCUUGAGUUCAGAAAUGUUAACUCUAAUUUUAAAGAUAAUUGUAACAGAAAAUGUUGAAAUGCCAUAUUUAUAUAUUAUAUAUCCCAUUGUAUAAUUUCAUAUAUAUCAUAUCUCUUUCUAGCCACCACAAAUGGGUAAUAUUGUGGUAGGGGUUUACACACAAAAAAAGUCUUUUAAGAGACAAAACAGUAUAAACAUUUAUGAAAUCAGUGCAUUAAGUUGCAUAUUUGCUUUUUUAAUUUACACUUUGGUCUUUUUGCCUUUUAAUUUAAUGAGUUAAGUUAACUAAACAAUGCAGAAAAAAAAUAUUUAUGAAGUGUUUUCUUUUACUGCAAAAUAAACUUGAAAUAGGCAAUAGAUUUAAUUCAGUGUAUUUGAGCAUAAAGCAUAUUGUAUAUUUAACUAAUAUGCAUUAUUUGCAAGUUUUUAAAGAUGUCAAAGUUAACCCUCAGAAAGUCCUGUUUCUCAUUCAUGGUCACAGUUUGCUCUGUCAGUUCUAUUCCUCCUUGCAUGUUUGUAUAUACACUUUUCAGCAGUGUUCUUAAACCUUAUGAAAGUUGUAGAUUUCAUGCCAGUUUUCUUUUAUUCGACAUGACUCCUAUGAAGUUUUUUUCUUGCCUUUUUGAAAUACAAAUAUACAGUAUAUUCACCUCAUUCCAAUACAGCCAAGGGUGCAUUGCCAAGACAUGUAUACUAAGAACAAAAACUUUGGGGCAGGUUUGUUACACCUCUGCUAUCAUUUUGAAUAUCGAGCAGAUCUGUCUCUGAAAAGAGAUCUGUUUCUUUUACACUUUUUUAAGUAAAUUAUUUAAAUCUGA